UUACCUAACCAUUCUACCCAAAAACUUGUCUUUCAUACCCAAAAAAAAUGGCUAAACUCGCUUUUUUGUUCUCCAUAUUUCUCCUCUUCACCUUCUCUCACGCCCGCUUUCUCACCGCCGACGAAACCCCCGCCGAUUUACCCGAAUCCGACCCUGAAUCCACAACCUCCAUCCUUCUCCCUAGCCAAUCACAUGAUUUCAACCACGAUGAUGCCUCCAAAACUGGCUACCGUACCGGAUCCCUCCCUUUGACCAGGAUCCGUUUUCAGCCUGUAAACCGUCACUUCCCCAGGCGACCUUUUUUUCCGUUCCGUCACAAGCACAGCUGCCGUUACCAUAAACGUUUCAGACCUUUGAACCUACGCUUCCAUCAGAAGCGCUUUAUUUCCUACGGCAACGACAUGAUUCUGUCCAACUAUAGAAGCUUUGACCCGGAAUCACACGGUGUUGUUCGUCAGGUCGAGGCCAGAUGGGGCAGUUUUCACGAUGAUGGUUCCGAGUCUAAGCAGCAUGUAGAUUUCAUGUCUCAUCACCAUGACCAUGAGGACGAUCACCACCACCACCAUCAUGACCAUGACCAUGACCAUGACCUUGACCACGAGGAAGAUCAUCACCACCAUAAAGAGGGACAGGAAAGGGAAAAGCACCACCAAGGCGGGUUAAUGGAGAAGUUUCGCAGGUUUUUUAUUCAUUUUUGAAUAAACCAUGCACGUAAUCUAAUCAUAGUGAUCUAGUGAUGCAUCUAUCUAUAUGCUUAUUUGAC